GGACCGUUUUGAUAGUUUCCGGGUUUUAGCGCAAGGAAAUGAUGGACGAGCCUGUGGGUGUUGCCUGUGUAGGCGCGUGUCAGACGACAUUUUGAACAUUGGUGAACUCGUGUGCUUGUUGUGUAGACCUACGGAACCUUCUAAGGUGGCAACCCAUCACAGUUCAGGGUUUUAUUUGCGGGAGAGCAAUGUCUUCAUGCUAACUAAAGCGUUAGCCAAGUCAAGCAGAGCAGACUAGUGCCACUACCGGAAAUACGCUCUGUUGACCUUCAUCGUAAAAUACACGACAGCACUCUCGGACCUAUGACUUUUAUUCUGAAACUUCAAAAAAAGUUGACUGAACGUCCCCGUUUUUGUUGCGUUACGCUUGACGCUCUCGAACUAUUUUCACGUAUUUUGCUACGUUGUUUCAGUUCAUUUUGUUUCUUACAUUGUGUGUGUUAAGUGGCUUUUCAGGCAUCUGGUAACUUAGUACGAAUCAUUUGACAUCUCUCUUUAACCGCCUGCACGGGAAACAUGUCAGACAUGUGUAAGGUUUAGUAGGAGUCUUUCAGAAAGAGUUGUCGUUAGGCCUGUUCGGGUUAUUUCCAUCACUGCCACUGGCUAACAAGUCCCUAAACAGAAAUGUCACUCGGGGACUAUGAAAGACAUUUCGACUCGCUAAAUUCCGAUUUGGACGGCGGGUCAGUGGUCAGUGAGCGAUCCGCGUCGGGCACAUAUAAUGGCGAAGAGGAGAAGCUGCAUUACGUUCCUAUCCGGAUCCUCGGAAGGGGGGCGUUUGGUGAAGCAACCCUGUACCGAAGAACAGAGGACAACUCUCUGGUGGUGUGGAAGGAGGUGGAGCUGAAUUCCCUCUCCGAAAGGGAGCGCAGAGAUGUCAUGAAUGAGAUAAGCAUCCUCUCCAUCCUGGAGCACAACAACAUCAUAGCCUACUUGAAUCACUUCAUGGAUAAAAACACCUUGCUCAUUGAGUUGGAGUAUUGUAAUGGAGGAAAUCUGUACGAUAAAAUCAAUCACCAGAAUGGGGAACUUUUCAGUGAAGAGGUGGUCAUUUGGUACCUGUACCAAAUCGCCUCAGCUGUGUCCUACAUUCACAAGGCUGGGAUCCUCCACAGAGAUAUCAAAUCUCUGAACAUUUUUCUGACCAAGACUGACCUCAUCAAGCUGGGCGACUACGGCCUCGCAAAGAAGCUAGACUCUGAGUUUUCAAUGGCAGAGACUUGUGUGGGAACUCCAUAUUACAUGUCGCCUGAAUUGUGCCAGGGAUCAAAGUACAACUUCAAAUCAGACAUCUGGGCCAUGGGUUGUGUCAUUUUUGAAGUCCUGGUUCUUACAAGGACAUUCGAUGCAACGAACGCUCUGAACCUCUGUGUGAAAAUAGUCCAGGGCAACUGGACCAUGGAUGUGAACGCGGAUGUGUAUUCGUCCGCAUUGAUCAAACUGGUGUAUCAGUGCCUUGAUCAAGACCCCGCAAAGAGGCCUACAGCUGAGCAGAUUCUGGGCCAGCCACUCAUCUCAUGCUGUAGACAGGAGCUUGAAGAGCGAGUUGCCCUGCUGAAUUCAGCAAUGAAAAAACCAAAGCUGAGUACAGUGACUGACACCCCUGUGGCUGUGGUGACCACACGCUCAAGGGAGGUGUACUUCUGGGGUGGAGGCAAGUUCACCCCCCAGAAAAUGGACACGUUUAAAGGAGGCAGCAGUGGCCAGCAUGUAUGUGCAGGAGAGAGUCACUUUGCAGUGGUGACCGUGGAAAAGGAGCUGUAUACCUGGGCAAAUGUCCAAGGUGGAGCCAAGAUGGUAGGCCAGCUGGGUCAGGGAGACCAGUCCUCCUACCGGCAGCCGACAAGGGUGGACCAGCUACAGGGGAAGGCUAUCCGACAGGUGGCGUGUGGGGCUGACUUCACUGCCUGCGUCACCGAUGAGGACCAGAUGUACAUGUUUGGGUCAGACUAUUACGGCUGCAUUGGAGUGGAGGGAGAGCUCGGCAUGGAGGUUUUGAAACCCGUGCUUUUGGAGUUUUUCGAAGAGCGGCCUGUCCGUCAGGUUUCAUGUGGAGACAACCAUGUGGCGGUCCUGACUCAGAGUGGGGACAUCUACUCCUGGGGCUGCGGAGAGUAUGGGCGUCUCGGCCUGGAAUGUGAGGAUGACUUUUCUUCUCCGAUGCAAGUGGAGAUCCCUAAAGGCGCCAUCAUCUCCUCAGUGUCAUGUGCCAGCGAUGGAACCUUCUUUUUAACAGAAACUGGCAAAGUCCUAGCGUGUGGAAACAAUGAAUUCAACAAGCUUGGUCUGAACCAGGGAAUCUCUGGUCUAAAAAACCACCCUGGAGAGGGUUAUCAGGGGAUCCCGUACAUCACUACACUGACUUUGGUAAAGCAGCUGGCGAGGUUCAAGAUCCAGGUCAUAGCCCCGGGGAAGACCCACACAGCUGCCAUUGAUGAACGUGGUCGUCUGAUCACCUUUGGUUGCAACAAGUACGGACAGCUGGGUGUAAAAGACUUUAAGAAACACCCGGGUGUCCAACUCCUUCUCGGACCCUUUGGAGGGAAGAUAAUGACCAAAGUGUCUUGUGGAGACGGCUUCACCAUAGCAGCCACUGAGGACAAUCACAUAUUUGCAUGGGGAAACGCAGGAAACGGGCGACUUGGGAUGCCAGCUGAUAAGGGAUUUGGUUCAGAGGUAUGCCCCGCCAUGCCAAGGCCUAUCUUUGGUUCCCUGCACCAUGUACCGGACCUCUCUUGCCGUGGCUGGCACACCAUUAUCAUCAUGGAGAAAGUGCUCACCUCCAAGACUAUUCGAUCGAACAGCAGUGGACUAUCAGUUGGUAUUGGACUGGGCCAGGAGGCAUCGACAUCUACGGUGGAUCUGGACAUACAACCUGGUUCAUGGACGGACUGUCGUGACAGGGGUCUUGGUGGUACACGGGAGGAUAAUAGGGAGGAGUGCCUCAUGGAGACUCCCAUGAUGUCACUGACAAGUCAGACUGGGGACAGCUCCUGCCCUCUCUGGCUCAGAAAGGAGCUUGAGAAUGCAGAGUUCAUCCCGAUACCAGUUGACGCUGAUGGAUCCAUUCCCGACCAGCUCUCUUCUAUCUCCGAGAGCGUCACUCUGCCCUAUGAGGAGUUGAAAGAGCUAAAGGCUGCAGCAGAAGCAGUCGGCACUAAGAAAGACCUAUCGACUAAACGAAUGAGCUGUGAUAAAGUCAAUGGACUGGAGGAGGCUGACUUCUGCAAAAAGGGAGAAACGGGCGCAUGCUGCAAAGCAAGUUGCGAGGUCACACAGCUGCGAGAGACGGUCGCUAAUCAAGAUUUGAGGAUCGAGAUGCUCGAGAGGCAGGUCAAUGAGCAGCAAAAGGAGAACGAAAGGCUCUGGGCAGCGAUCAAUCGUUCAGCGCAAAGGGAAGCAGGAUGUGACAGUAACGGAAACCAUCCCUCUGAUGCCCGAAUGCCCGGGGACGGAGGAGAAAGAGGAGGCGCAUUCACAAACCACGGGGGCCGAUCUUCAGGGGCCAGUGUGUGAUUUUACCUGCAGAUGUCCUGAUUAUGGGAGAAGCGUGAAUAGCACCUGUUAAGUUAAACCAGCUGGUUAGAUGGGGGAUCGGAGGCUUGGUUGGACGUGCAGUAGAGGCUGCAGCCUCGUGCCCAUUCACAGAGGUUACACGCGUUUGACAGAACGCUAAAUUGCAUUAUUACCAUCUGUUACAUAUGUAAUACUGUGUAAUACCUUGCACACUCUCAUAUGCACAGCUGUGUUCACCUGUGUGCAGUAAUCUAGCUAGUUUCUCCACAUAUUGAAAUGUUGGCUGGAUUCAACAUGAAGCACCUGACCCCUGUGAGAGACAAUCAUAGAGAUUGUUGUGUCACUCUGCAAUGUGAAUGUUGAGUUCAUGUUCUGGUGGUGUUGCUGACUUUAAGGGAUGUCAGCAUUGAGGCUGCUUCGGUCGUUAGUGCCUCAUAUGUUAGUAUUUAUCAAAUAUCAAAGAAGUCCAUCUAAUGCAAAUAGGAAAGCUUUUGCUGAUGCAUCCAAAGAUUCAUUUUCCUUUUGCCAAUUGUUGAGCGAUGUGCUGCCAGGAUGUUGGCCAGAUUGAUCAUAACUCAAUUUGGCAUCAUUUUUAAUUAUUUUAUUUCAUUCGAUAUUCUUAAAAAGUGAAAGUGCCAAAUACAGAAUAGCUUUUAACAGUUUCUCCACAUUUAUGAGAAGUGACAGCUAUUAUAAACAUUAUAUAAAAAUGAUCUUAUUCAAAUAUAUACUUUUUUUUACAUGUGCAUGUUUUAUUAUCAUAUGAAAGUAUUUGUGUGAAACACGAAACUACUGAUUUCAUUGUUUUUAAUAACCGUUUACUUUUUUAUUGCCUUCUUCAACUCUUGAAUUGUUGAUGGGGAAGCAUCUGUAGGUCUGUCUUUGUGAUGCGUAUGAACAGUUUGAAUGUGGAAUCAUUUAUGAUAUAGCUUACCAUGCGUCUAUAAUGCUGUUUUCUUAUUGCAUUUUUAACCAUUGUAUCUGUCGUUUAUGUUAAUGUUGUUUCCGUAUUUUGCAUCAUUCGUGCAAGCAAAUAUGUAGUUUGUGUGUGUGUGUGUGUGUGUGUGUGUGUGUGUGUGUAAAACCCUUUUUUCAUAGUUCGCUUACAAGCAGUAGCCUCGUGGUCAGUGGUCUGUCAGCAGAAUAACACUGGCAGUAUUUUCAUGCUGUAAAAUGUGACGUUGAAUACAGUCGGUGUGCCUUAGAAAUCUAUUGAAACCAAAAUUAGUGCAAAUGUGAAAAUGCUGUGUUGACGGCAUCUAAAAAUAUGAUUUAUUUGUUGUUAACAAUUAACCAAACAUUGUGGAGAUGUAACAGUUGUAUAAAGACUUCUCUCAGUCACGCUGUUGCUUCGUGCUUUGUGUAAAAGCCAUAAAUAAAACUAACAGUUGUCUUUUCUCGAUCGUCAAUAUUUUCCACAAUGAAAGAUAGAAUACACUGCAUUUAUUUAUAUUAGUUGAUAUUAAUAUAAUCAUGUUAGUUUUUAGCUCUUUACAAGACUAUCUUAGACACUUCUGUUUAGGUCACAUGGAAUAUAUGAUGGAAAUGUAGACGAUAGAUCAGAAACCAAACUUGUGUCAGGGCUAGAAUCAGACAAUGCAGAGACUCUGCUGACUAAUGAGAUGGUGAUGGUUGACUUGAUAAGCCGUGGAUUUCUUGUUCAAAUGGUUCAGCUCUGAAGUUUCUGGGUCAGUUCUGAUCUCCUCACUUUGGCUGAUGUGCAGUUCCACCUGGGACCUUCCGACUUUUCUGCAGAUUCCUUGUAUGUCCCUGGUUCUGUCUUUGGUUGUUUUUCUUCAAAACCUGAAUAAGACCCAAAAACAGUAAAUGCUUACUUAAUGCAGACAGAAUGACCCACUCUUAAAAACAAUACUCCACAGGGGUAUGAGUGGUCAACAUACUCAAGAGGGUAGCUUUAACAUAAACCUCUGUUUGUAAAACUGGUAGGGCUCCCCUUUUAAAGAGACCCACAUAUCACUGGCCUACCUCUGGACCUCCGCUGUUGGUUUUCAAGAACUCCUCUAAGGCAGAUCCCUUGGUCCUGUGAAGGUAGGUGUUGAAGACUCCACGUUUUGAUUGUUUAACUUUCUCACAGAUUUGGACAUGCUUCUGUAGUCUUUCGCCUGCAAACUUUCUGUUGCAAACUUUGCAAAGAAGGAGCUGGUGCCUGGUGUCCGUGCUCUCUUCCUGUCUCAGGUCUGGUCUGCUGGAAUGUGAGGGAUGAGAAAGUGGUGGAAGCCUUGGUCCUCCUGACGGGUUUCUUCCUUUUGUUGCAGCUUCAUGAGAAGCCUUCUGCUGGCUCAUUUGAGGCAUAUCUUGUUCAUCGUCAGAAGUCUCCUCACAUGUCCUUUCCCUAUAUUUUUCCUCUCUCUUCCAACCUGUAUCGCCCACUGAGGCUGUAUUUUGAUGUCUUUCUUUUGCUUUCACUGUUCCACCCUGUGACUUCACACCUGUAUCUUCCCAAAUGCCAUUAUUUUUUUCAUCCCUUUCUUUUCUUCCGGUAUGCUCUUUCACUUUUUCCCACCUUGGUUUGUUCAGCUCUCCACUCACUUCUUGCUCAGGAACUGUGAUCUGGUGAGUUGCUUUAUGACCUUUUUUGUGUGACUCUAUUUCCCUUCUUUCCC